ACGCUUUUCCUAUAGUUCCCAUGCAAGAGUGCGACCAUUCUAUAUAUGAUAAUUUGGAUGUUCUAGUAACAAACUUAAGUGGUAAAGUACCACUUCACACACGCUUUCGAGCGAUAUUCACAUUAAAGAACAUUGGUGAUGAGAGAAGUAUCGAUUUACUAGCAAAAGCAUUCAAUGACGAAUCUGACCUUCUCAAACAUGAGCUCGCCUAUGUACUCGGGCAGAUGAAAAAUUCGUAUGCUAAUCCGAUACUUCGGAGAGUUUUGUCAGAUAAAUCGCAAGACGCUAUGGUCCGACAUGAGGCUGCAGAGGCUCUCGGAGCAAUCGGAGAUCUUGAAUCGUUAGAUAUUCUCGAGAAAUAUCUUGAUGAUGAGCACCAAGUAGUUCGACAAACUUGUGAACUGGCCAUCGCAAAAAUAAAAUAUGAACAUGACCCACAGGAAUCAAAAAAUUCACAAAACAGUAAAUUCACGUCUAUUGAUCCCGCACCUUCAAUAUCCGAAAUCCAAUCAGUUCCAACACUGAAACAAAUACUAAUCGACGAGACCCUACCAAUUUUUGAUCGUUAUCGGGCAAUGUUUGCAUUACGUAACAUAGGCACUACCGAGGCAGUAUUGGCACUAAGCGAGGGACUGAACGACUCGUCUGAUUUAUUUAGACACGAGAUCGCGUUCGUGUUUGGUCAAUUACAAAGUCCUGAUAGUGUGCCUUCGCUUAUAAAAACCUUGGAAAAUAUCGAUGAGCGGCCUAUGGUAAGGCAUGAAGCUGCAGAAGCUUUAGGCUCCAUUGCGACGCCUGAUUGCUUGCCUGUGCUCAAAAAAUUUCGACAUGAUUCAAGUCGAGUUGUGAAGGAAAGUUGUGAAGUCGCAUUAGAUAUGUAUGAUUAUGAGACUUCCACGGAGUUUCAUUAUGCUGAUAUAAGUAGCCUUGAUACAGAAAAUUAA